UGUUAGUCUCUAGUGUGUGUAAGUGUGUGUGUGCGCCCCUACUGUUGAGAGAGUGUGUGUGUGUGUGUGUGUGUGUGUGUGUGUGUGUGUAUUUUUCUCAUGGAGGAUUUUCAGGAACUAACAGGAAAGCAGGAGACGCUCUGAACUUUACACGCUCUGUCGCGCUGCGUGUGACGCGCGGCCCGCGGCCUCUCGAGUGUGCUUGAAGUGGAUUUGGACUAUUUGGAGUAUAUAAUUCGUUGUUUCGGCGAUGGCCGGUGUGUGUGCUCCGGUUCCGCCGCUCUGGUAUCACCGGGAUCUGAGUCGCGCGGCGGCGGAGGAGCUGCUGGCGCGCGCCGGGCGGGACGGGAGUUUCCUCGUGAGGGACAGCGAGAGCGUGAGCGGCGCGUACGCGUUAUGCGUGCUGUUUCAGAAACACGUCCACACAUACAGGAUUCUUCCUGAUGAGGAGAACUUCCUGGCAGUGCAGACAUCGCAGGGCAUUCAGCCAAAACGCUUUAAGACUCUUCCGGAGUUGAUUCAGUUGUAUCUUCAGCCGAGUCAAGGGCUGGUGACCACACUUCUGUUUCCAGUGGAGAGAGAAGAGACCACAGAGGAAAAAGAUUACUCUGAUGGUGAGGAUGAAAAGCCGCCCCUCCCUCCACGUACUGCCUCUACUAGCAGCCCUGCAGGCUCCGCCCUCACUCCUCCAGACACGCCCUCUGAGAAUGUAACGGCGUCCAACGGUUUGAGCACCAUCUCUCACGAGUAUCUGAAGGGCAGUUACGCUCUCGACCUGGAGGCCGUGAAACAGGGCGCACACAACCUGCCACACCUCAACAAAACUCUGGUGGCGUCCUGCAAACGACUGCAUGGAGAGGUGGAUAAAGUUUUGUGCGGUCUGGAGAUCUUGUCCAAGGUGUUCGACCAGCAGAGCGCCUCCAUGGUGUCCAGAAUGAUCCAGCAGACGAUGUCUCAGGGGGGAGAUCAGGAGUUGGAGCAUCUGGUCACUAAACUGGCCAUCCUGAAAGAUCUGCUGUCGUCUAUAGAGAAGAAGGCUCUGAAGGCAUUACAGGAUAUGAGCUCCACGGCUCCGCCCAUCUCACCUCUGCUGACCAUCAGACACAACAAAACUAUUCCUGUACAAACCUUUGAGGUAAAGCUGGACGUGUAUUUGGCCGAUUUGACAAAGAUCGGGAAGAGUCAGAAAUAUUCACUGAGUGUGGACGUGGAAGGCGGGAAACUGGUGGUGAUGAAGAAAAUGAAAGACGCACAAGAAGACUGGAACACAUUCACCCACGACAAGAUAUGGCAGCUCAUUAAGUCUCAGCGUGUGCAGAAUAAACUUGGAAUCGUCUUUGAGAAGGAAAAAGACAAAAGUCAGCGGAAAGAUUUCAUCUUUGCCAGCGCUAAAAAAAGGGAAGCGUUCUGUCAACUGCUGCAGCUCAUGAAAAACAAACAUUCCAACCAGGACGAGCCGGAUAUGAUUUCAGUCUUUAUUGGGACGUGGAACAUGGGUGGCGUUCCCGCUCCCAAAUCGAUGGGAUCGUGGAUUUUAUCUCGCGGUUUGGGGAAAACCCUGGAUGAGAUGGCGGUUUCGAUCCCUCACGACAUCUACGUCUUCGGUACGCAGGAGAAUUCGGUGUUCGAUAAAGACUGGGUGGAGACGCUCCGCUGUACCCUCAAAGAGUACACAGAGACGGACUAUAAACCGAUCGCCGUACAGACGCUGUGGAACAUUAAGAUCGUGGUGUUGGUGAAGGCAGAACACGAGAACCGCAUCAGUCACGUGGGAAUGUCCAGUGUCAAAACAGGAAUCGCCAAUACACUCGGAAACAAAGGGGCAGUGGGCGUGUCUUUCAUGUUUAAUGGAACAUCGUUCGGCUUCGUUAACUGUCACCUGACGUCCGGCAAUGAAAAAAUCCACAGACGGAACCAGAAUUUUCUGGACAUCCUGCGUCAGCUGUCAUUGGGCGAUAAGCAGCUAAACUCCUUUGACAUUUCUCUGCGAUUCACACACCUGUUCUGGUUCGGCGAUCUGAACUACCGUCUGGACAUGGACAUACAGGAAAUCCUGAACUACAUCAACAGGAAGGAGUUUGAACCGUUGUUGAAGGUGGACCAGCUGAAUCUGGAGCGCGAGAAGAACAAGGUGUUCCUGCGAUUCGCGGAGGAGGAGAUCACUUACCCCCCCACAUACCGCUACGAGCGCGGGUCACGUGACACAUACGUGUGGCAGAAACAGAAAGCUACGGGGAUGCGGACGAAUGUUCCUUCGUGGUGUGACAGAAUUCUCUGGAAAUCUUAUCCGGAGACCCACAUAGUCUGCAACUCUUAUGGCUGCACUGAUGAUGUCGUCACCAGCGAUCACUCGCCCGUGUUCGGCAUGUUUGAGGUCGGCGUCACCUCACAGUUUGUCUCUAAGAAAGGGCUGCCCAAGUCUUCAGAACAGGCACAUAUCGAGUUUGAAAACAUUGAAGCCAUUGUUAAAACCGCCAGCAGAACCAAGUUCUUCAUUGAGUUUUAUUCCACGUGUCUGGAGGAGUUUAAGAAGAGUUAUGAGAAUGACACCCAGAGCAGCGACAACAUUAAUUUCCUGCGUGUGGGCUGGUCGUCUAAACAGCUGACGACGCUGAAGCCCAUCCUGUCUGACAUCGAGUACCUACAAGAUCAACAUCUGCUGCUCACGGUGAAAUCUCUGGACGGGUACGAGUCAUACGGGGAGUGUGUGUUGGCUCUGAAGUCGAUGAUCGGCAGCACAACGCAGCAGUUUCACACGUAUCUGUCUCACCGCGGUGAAGAGACCGGAAACAUCCGCGGGUCCAUGAGGGUCAGAGUGCCGUCAGAACGCAUGGGCACCAGAGAACGCCUCUACGAGUGGAUCAGUGUUGAUCAUGAUGAGACGGGUGGACCAAAAGGCAGAACGAUGCCAACUAGAGCCGGGCACGAUUAUGUCAAACCAACAACAAACAGGAAGUUGGGGUCAGCUGACCUCGGGAAGGUGUCAGAGGAGGGUGACAAGAGCAUCAGCGGGCGCCCUAUACACACACACACUACUAAAGACGACAGCACACAGAACAGAGGGAAACAGGAUCCUUUUGAAGGUGACGCCGCAACAUGCAAAAACAGCUUCAAUAACCCCGCCUACUACAUUCUAGAAGGAGUUCCCAGCCAAUCAGCAGCUUUGGCCUCCGACAUGCUCCCAAGCUCCGCCCUCCCGCCUGUAUCCAAUAAAACAGCUCCCCCUGUGGGCAGCGUGGGGAAAAACAAACCGCCCAGUGGCACCUCCGCGCAGGGCCGCAGGCAGACGAGCGGACGCCCGGUUCGGCCCAUCAGCGAGGAGGGGUCCUCAGAGGAUGACGCCAACAUCGGUGGUCACGUGGGGUCGCUAAAUCGCCCUCCGCCUGAUUUCCCCCCUCCCCCACUUCCCAAAGGAGCUCUAGAGAUGGCGGAAAGCUCCUUCGGCAAACCGCGGAUGUGUCCGGAUCUCGCCGAUGCCCCGCCCGCGUCUGUGGUUACUUCAAAGCCUCUGUCGUCUCCCGCUUUCAUACCUCCCUCUGGAGGAGGCGUGGCCUUCUGCCUGGAGACUCCGCCCGUCAUGAACCCGAGUGCCGCCCCGUUUCGUCGAGGGGGCGGGGCUUCGGGACUGGACGACCAGUCGUGUUCAGUCCUGCAGAUGGCCAAGACGUUGAGUGAAGUGGAGUAUCCGUCAGGGCGAGAGCGGGGAUGCGCCGGCGGGGCGAUGAAGGGGGCGGGCGCUCCUCACCUGCGCGGUCUGACCUUCCCCCCGCGCUCCAUACAGGAGGAGAGCAUCGCAGAAGACCUGCCUGAGGAGGGUCUCUGGCACGCAGGCAGCAGCUGCAGCAGUCUGUCAGUCGACUGCAGUGUUGGCGAGUGGCUGCAGAGACUCGGCAUGCAGCAUUAUGAGGAGGGACUCCUGCACAACGGCUGGGACGACCUGGAGUUCCUCAGUGACAUCACAGAGGAGGAUCUGGAGGAGGCGGGUGUUCAUGACCCCGCCCACAAGAAGAUCCUAUUGGCCAGUCUGAAGCAGCAGCAGAAAUGAGCCAGUCCCGAUCCGGACGGUCUGGAUCAAACCAGAACUCUUCGAAGCGAAACAUUGCACUGCCAAGUCCUUUUAAUUUAACCUGUUAUGAUUAUUAUUUAAAAAGUCCAUGUGUCAAAAAGAAAGGAUGUUACACUACAAAGCCCCGCCCACAUCCUGAGAAUGCUUCCUGCUGUCUGAAUUAGGAGGAAGUGAUGUCAUCAGAACAUUCCUCACUGUUGUGUUGUUAAGUGACUGAAGUGUUCAUUAGUAAUGAGUUUUUUGCAUGUUUAUGACUUUAAGCGAAAGGGAACGAGCUCGUGACUGAUGCCUGAGGAGUUUUUGUCAUUGGUGUUUUCAUUAAGUGUGUGUUUGUGUACACAAGGGACACUCGUGUCACUUCAUUCAGUGUGUGUUUGUGCGUUUCAUUUGCACAGAUCUUAAUGUGUGUGUCUUAUAAAUCGUUCCAUGUCCCACAAGCCUUUAAAAUCCUCAUUAUAACAGAAGCAGUUUGGGUCUUUGAUCGGAAACACUCAUGUCGUUCCAAACCCGUAUAACCUUAAAAGGAGACGUUUAGCAGAAUGUUAACGUUGCUGUUUUGCAUAGUGACCACCAGGGGGUGAUACUAGGAUGUAAAUUUUAGAGGGGGCUCGGCCCCCAAUGACACUAUCAAGUGGGUCACACACCGGACGCGUCACAGUGAGUUCUACUACGCCCGGAGCGCAACUCACACCGCCGCUGCCACGCCCCGGAGCGCAACUCACACCGCCGCUGCCACGCCCCGGAGCGCAACUCACACCGCCGCUGCCACGCCCCGGAGCGCAACUCACACCGCCGCUGCUACGCCAUGUGUUUGAUACCUGUGCCAUGCGUUUGAUACCUGUGCCAUGCGUUGAUACCUGCCCCAUCUGAUACCUGCGCCACACGUUGAUACCUGCGCCACACGUUUGAUACCUGUGCCACGUGUUUGAUACCUGUGCCAUGUGUGUGAUUCCUGCGCCAGGUGAUACCUGUGCCACGUGUUUGAUACCUGUGCCAUGUGUUUGAUACCUGCGCCAUGUGAUACCUGUGCCACGUGUUUGAUACCUGCGCCAUGUGUGUGAUACCUGCGCCAUUUGAUACCUGUGCCACGUGUUUGAUACCUGCGCCAUGUGUUUGAUACCUGCGCCACGUGUUUGAUACCUGCGCCAUGUGUUUGAUACCUGCGCCACGUGUGUGAUACCUGCGCCAUGUGAUACCUGUGCCAUGUGUUUGAUACCUGCGCCACGUGUGUGAUACCUGCGCCAUGUGAUACCUGCGCCACGUGUUUGAUACCUGCGCCAUGUGUGUGAUACCUGCGCCAUGUGAUACCUGUGCCACGUGUUUGAUACCUGUGCCACGUGUUUGAUACCUGCGCCAUGUGUGUGAUACCUGUGCCACGUGUGUGAUACCUGCGCCAUGUGAUACCUGUGCCACGUGUUUGAUACCUGUGCCACGUGUGUGAUACCUGUGCCAUGUGAUACCUGUGCCACGUGUUUGAUACCUGUGCCACGUGUUUGAUACCUGUGCCACGUGUGUGAUACCUGUGCCACGUGUGUGAUACCUGCGCCACGUGAUACCUGUGCCACGUGUUUGAUACCUGUGCCACGUGUGUGAUACCUGCGCCACGUGAUACCUGUGCCAUGUGAUACCUGUGCCACGUGUUUGAUACCUGCGCCAUGUGAUACCUGUGCCACGUGUUUGAUACCUGUGCCACGUGUGUGAUACCUGCGCCACGUGUGUGAUACCUGUGCCAUGUGAUACCUGUGCCACGUGUGUGAUACCUGCGCCAUGUGAUACCUGUGCCACGUGUUUGAUACCUGUGCCACGUGUGUGAUACCUGCGCCACGUGAUACCUGUGCCAUGUGAUACCUGUGCCACGUGUUUGAUACCUGCGCCACGUGUUUGAUACCUGCGCCACGUGAUACCUGUGCCAUGUGUUUGAUACCUGUGCCAUGUCCUAACUGUGACACUACACAGUGUGGCGCUUCUCGUCCGGUGUGCGACCGCUUUAACUGUGCACAAUAAUUUUUAUAAUUUUUUAAAGGUGAAUAUUUUCUAUUUACAUGUAUGCAUUUGGCACAUGCUUUUAUCCAAAGUGACUUACAGUGCCCUUAUUACAGGGACAAUCCCCCCGGAGCAACCUGGAGUUAAGUGCCUUACUCAAGGACACAAUGGUGGUGACUGUGGGGAUCAAACCAGCAACCUUCUGAGUACCAAUGUAUUAUACAGAGCACUUAUUACAGGGACAAUCCCCCCGGAGCAACCUGGAGUUAAGUGUCUUACUCAAGGACACAAUGGUGGUGACUGUGGGGAUCAAACCAGCAACCUUCUGAGUACCAAUGUAUUAUACAGAGCACUUAUUACAGGGACAAUCCCCCGGAGCAACCUGGAGUUAAGUGCCUUACUCAAGGACACAAUGGUGGUGACUGUGGGGAUCAAACCAGCAACCUUCUGAGUACCAAUGUAUUAUACAGAGCACUUAUUACAGGGACAAUCCCCCCGGAGCAACCUGGAGUUAAGUGUCUUACUCAAGGACACAAUGGUGGUGACUGUGGGGCUCAAACCAGCAACCUUCUGAGUACCAGUUCACUGCUUAAGCCCACUACACCACCACCAUUAAAUGCAAUUAAAAGGAUAACAUUGUUGAAUAAGUUUUGCAUUAGUGCAAAAACAGCUUAACUUUCUGAAACACUUAAAAACAUUCGAUGAGUCAUAUUCACACACCUGUGACAUCAUCGGCUCCAAUCUACAGUAACAUGGAAAAAUAUCUUGUUUUUUGUUUUUUUAGAUGUGCACAAUUAAUGUGUUCCACUCUUUAUAGAUAAGUGUGUGUGUGUGUGUGUGUGUGUGUGUGUGUGUGUGUGUGUGU